AUGUCGGCUUUGGAUGAGGGGAUUCAGCCAUCUGGCAUCACACGGCAUAAAUUGCCUGGAGGAAUUGUCACUUCAUUGUUCCGUUGCAACAUGUUGUUUUCAGAUGAUGGACAAUUCCGUCUUGACAUCACUGCUACGCUUGAUGACCUUACAUCUGCCGACGAAAAUUAUAUCUCUGCACUCGCUCUGACAGACAUGCCUCCUUGCAUUCUCCGUCUCCGUACAGAAAGCAGCCUUACGAUCAACGAACCAGGCUCCUCUUUGAGCAGUCGUACUCGUGUCAAGACCCUGGCAUAUGACACAAUCUUGGCUAACUCACGGUUUUUUGGCAAUGACUUGGACUUGGUGCCGCGGAGGUCACUUACCGUGGGUAUUCAGACUAUCAUGGAUGCUCGCGAAGUUGUCAUCGUGGCUACCGGUGCUCACAAGACUCGUCAUCAGCACGGAUGA